AACCAGCCUCCCAGCGCUGCCCUCGAUCCAUCUUCAUCGUUCGUCGUUGCAGUGUUCGGCAAAUAACUUUUCUGUUCCGUUCCGAUGACGAAGAAAGCAGAGCUAGUGUUCAUCCCAAUGACUGGAAUGGACCAUUUGGUACGCACAGUUCAAUUGGCUAAGCUUUUAGUUCAUCUCAGUCCCAACCUCUCCAUUACCAUACUUACCAUCAAGCCACCCUACGACACAAGAAUCUGCUCCUACGUCGACUCUCUCACUGCCACGGCCACCGGCCGCUUAAAAUUCAUCAGCCUGCCUCAACCUGAUCCAGACGUAGAUGUAUUCAAGUUUAUGAGUAGAUUGGUUCAAACCCAGGGACCACUUGUGAAACAGGCCGUCACCAACAUAGUUGAGCGCUCCAACUCAGUUCCGGACUCACCUCGACUCACCGGUUUCGUUCUGGACAUGUUCUUAACUCCUUUUAUAGACUUGGCUAACGUAUUCGGCGUUCCUAGCUAUGCAUUUUACACCUCGGGUGCUGCUUUUCUUGGCUUCCAGUUCUACACUAUGGUUCUUCACGAUGAGCGAAAGGUUGAGUUCGAUGAGUUAGAAGACUCGAACACUGAGUUCACCAUUCCAUCGUAUGUCAACCCGGUUUCCACUAAUUUAUUUCCGAUUGAUAUGUUCAAUCAUGAAAGUUUUACAUUCCUUCGUAACAUGGUGAAAGGGCUAAGAGAGACGAAAGGUAUAAUGGUAAAUACAUUUUCAGAGUUAGAAUCCCAUGCGGUUGACUCCCUAUCUAAUGGUCAACUUCAGAUUCCACCCGUUUAUCCAGUGGGACUCAUAUUGGAUCUUGCAGGUCCACGUGGGACCCAUUAGAAUCAUGAUACGAUAAUGCAAUGGUUCGACGAGCAACCUCGUUCAUCGGUAGUGUUCCUCUGUUUCGGAAGCAUGGGAAGCUUCAGUGUCGAACAGGUGACAGAGAUCGCCAAUGCACUAGAGUAGGGUGGACAUCGAUUCUUGUGGUCCCUACGACGAUCUGGGGAGCAAGUAAAGGGAAUGAAGGGAAACCCGACGGACUACGAAGACGUGGCCGAUAUGUUGCCGGAAGGGUUAUUAGAUCGAAUGACUGGGACUGGUAAGGUCAUCGGUCGGGCACCACAAGUGGCCAUCUUAAGCCACCCGCAACCGGAGGGUUCAUAUCGCAUUGUGGUUGGAAUUCAGCAUUUGAGAGUAUCCGGUUUGGAGUGCCAAUGGCGGCAUGGCCGCUUUACGCGGGGCAAAAUUUGAAUGCUUUUAUGCUGGUGAAAGAAUUGCGAUUGGCUGUAGAUCUUAAAAUGGAUUAUAAAAAUCAUGGAGAUGAGGUUAAAAUUAUGAAGGCUGAUAAGAUAGAGAAAGGGGUCAGAUGGUUGAUUGAACAGAAUAAUAAUAUUCGGAAGAAAGAGGAAAGAGAUGAGGGAUAAGAGUAGGAAAACUCAGAGAUGAUGGAUCUUCACAUUCCACAUUAUGUUGUUUUAUAUAUUGAUGCAUGCUAUGGACAACUUAUCA